GCGCAGCGGGCUGGGAAGCGUUUCCGGAAGGCUGGCCGCAUCCCGCAGCGGCUACGGGCGCCUCCGGGGCGGGCGGCGGAGCGGAGCGGCGGGCAGCUUGCCUGAUUUCUGCAGCGACCUGAAGGAGAGCUGGUGCCCAGGACUCUAGAACUUGGUGCUUUAGUACAGGCUUUCCACCAACGAGCUGGGAAGAUUAAGAAUUUCGAUCUGUACUUGGAAAGCAGCUGACAGUGUGUGGUGAUGUGCUGACUGGCACUAUGGGCAGACGGUACCCAGGGGCUCACUAUCGGCCAAGCAGCUCAUAUUUCAAAUUAUAAUCUAUUUCCUGAUGCAUUGCUGAACGCCCCGUGAGCCAUGUCAGAAGUACUUCCAGUCGAUUCUGGUGUGGACGCGUUGGCAGUGUUUAUGGCAAGCGGCAGCACGACGGACGUUGUGAACCGCAACAGCCCCGCCACCCCGCCGAACACCCUUAACCUGCGCUCCUCUCAUAAUGAACUCCUGAAUGCAGAAAUUAGGCACACAGAGACCAAGAACAGCACUCCUCCGAAAUGCAGGAAAAAAUACGCACUGACUAACAUUCAGACAGCCAUGGGUCUUUCCGAUCCAGCAGCUCAGCCCCUUCUGGGGAACAGCUCUGCCAAUAUAAAGCUGGUGAAGAAUGGAGAAAACCAGCUCAGGAAAGCUGCAGAGCAGGGACAGCAGGAUCCCAACAAAAACCUCAGUACCACUGCGGGCGUAAGUGUAACUUCUGAGAAGUUUGAAGGCAAAGAGCCGAUCCCACAGGAUUCCUCUGGCUGUGAAAUAUUACCUUUGCAGCCAAGGAGGACCAAGAGCUUCCUGAAUUACUAUGCAGAUCUAGAGACAUCAGCUAGAGAGCUUGAGCAGGGUUUUGUUGCAAUGGAGGAUAAGUCUGCACAAAGCAACAGCCAGGCUUCUACUGUUAUUGUCAAUGGGGAAGUCCUGCCCCGGAAACAAAACAAGCUGCCAAGCCCAGAGGAUGGCCAGGUUGCCACAGUGUCAUCAAGCCCUGAGACUAAGAAGGAUCACCCAAAAACUGGGGCGAAAACAGAUUGUGCCCUCCAUAGGAUUCAAAACCUGGCCCCAAGUGAUGAGGACUCCAGCUGGACUACCUUGUCCCAGGAUAGUGCCUCACCAAGCUCACCUGAUGAAACAGCAGAUAUAUGGAGUGAUCAUUCAUUUCAGACAGACCCAGACUUACCACCAGGCUGGAAAAAAAUCAAUGACAUUGCUGGGAUCUACUACUGGCACAUACCUACAGGAACAACUCAGUGGCAGCGUCCUGUGUCCAUCCCAACAGAUCUCCAGGGCUCACGAAAAGGAUCUCUUGGUUCCAUUACUCCGUCUCCUACUCCAGAAACUGAGAAACAGCCAUGGAGUGAUUUUGCUGUACUGAAUGGGGGAAAGAUUAAUAGUGACAUUUGGAAGGAUCUGCAUGCAGCCACUGUGAACCCAGACCCAAGUCUGAAAGAGUUUGAAGGAGCAACAUUACGCUAUGCCUCUUUGAAGCUCAGAAAUGGUCCUCAGUCUGAUGAUGAUGAUUCUUGUAGCAUCAACAGUGAUCCAGAAGCCAAGUGCUUUGCUGUGCGAUCUCUGGGCUGGGUAGAAAUGGCAGAAGAAGAUCUAGCUCCUGGAAAAAGCAGUGUUGCUGUGAACAAUUGCAUCAGGCAACUCUCUUACUGUAAAAAUGACAUCAGAGACACUGUUGGCAUCUGGGGAGAGGGCAAAGACAUGUACCUCAUACUGGAAAAUGACAUGCUGAACCUGAUUGAUCCCAUGGACCGCACAGUUCUGCACUCACAGCCCAUUGUGAGCAUCAGAGUCUGGGGCGUGGGCCGUGACAACGGUCGAGAGAGAGACUUUGCUUAUGUGGCAAGAGACAAAGACACGAGAAUUCUAAAAUGUCAUGUGUUUCGAUGUGACACACCUGCAAAAGCCAUCGCUACCAGUUUACAUGAAAUCUGCUCAAAGAUUAUGGCUGAACGGAAGAAUGCUAAAGCCAUGGCUUGCAGCUCAUUGCAAGACAGGACAAAUGUCACUCUUGAUGUUCCUCUGCAAGUAGAUUUCCCAACACCAAAGACAGAACUGGUACAGAAGUUCCACGUCCAGUACCUGGGCAUGCUACCUGUAGCUAAACCUGUGGGAAUGGAUACUCUGAAUAGUGCCAUUGAGAGUCUUAUGGCUUCCUCUAGCAAAGAUGACUGGAUGGCAGUUACCAUGAAUGUUGCUGAUGCUACUGUCACAGUAAUCAAUGAAAGAAAUGAAGAGGAAGUCAUGGUGGAGUGUCGUGUGCGGUUCCUGUCCUUCAUGGGAGUAGGCAAAGACAUUCACACAUUCGCCUUCAUUAUGGAUACAGGAAACCAGCAUUUUGAGUGCCACGUUUUUUGGUGCGAACCAAAUGCAGGCAACGUAUCAGAAGCUGUUCAGGCUGCUUGUAUGUUACGGUAUCAGAAGUGCUUAGUAGCCAGACCUCCUUCACAGAAAGUUCGACCACCCCCACCUCCUGCAGACUCGGUGACUAGAAGAGUUACAACUAAUGUAAAAAGAGGAGUGUUGUCUCUCAUUGACACUUUGAAACAGAAACGUCCGGUCACUGAGAUGCCAUAGCUGCGCAAGAGGGAAGAUUCUUCUAACAUUUAACUGAAGAUAACAGUAGCUACACUAAGGAAAAUGAACUGACGAUAUCUGGCCUUCCAUUUCAAUUGCUGAUGCUUUGUCUUCAGAGAAUUUACCCUUAUCAAAACAAUAUUAGACAAGCAUGUUCUCUCGUUCUUGCCACCAUCGUCUGAUAUGAAAAGAAGCAUGAAUAAUUUUUUUGCUGUCAGUGAGUUACAUCAUGGGCAAUGGAAGGUUUGUUUGAUUGUAAAUACAUGAACAUUACCUAAACUCACACAAAAAAAGAAUAUGGCCAUGUCCCUCCCAGUGAACUCAUGCUAAAACCCAUGGAGUGAAUGAUGCCUGAGUUAAAAUUUCACCUUCUUGAGCUGGAUUUGUCACAAACCAAUCGUAAAUCCUACAGCACUUUGCUGUGUUUUCAACACUGGAAUGAGUACCAAGUAUUAGCUACCAUUGAAUUACUGUAGAUUAAAUAACAAGUUUUGUUUUUUACAGAACCACACCUGUUAGUUUUAAAUUGUUUGUCAGCGUUGGUCUAGCAGCCACUUUAUCAUCUCCCUGACAUGCUUUGGAAUCAUGGUGUAAUUAUUUCAUCUUUUGGUUACACAUUGUGGUCUUAGAGAAGAAUUGUGUUUAAAACCAAAUCAAUGAUGAAAAAUCCAGAAAUGGUUUUAGUAAUUGAGUUGCAGGGUGAUCAGCUGAAGCUUUUCACCUUUAAACAUACAAAUGAAACUGUUGGCUGUUAAAUUUAUUCUCCUAAAUCUGUCAUUUAUUCAUCAGAAAUACCAUUUGUUUCAUGCAGGGCUCAAAACAAUCAGGACUAAGUAAGAAAUAAUGAUUUUAUUGUCUUAAAACUGUUAUAGAGGCUAAACUAUUCCAUACUUUCUCCAUUCAAGUGUUUGAUGAAACAUUCAAUUCCGUAUCUGGUUGCACAAUUCCCCCUUCCCCUAGAGUUUGCUGCUGAAUAUUUAGCAUGCCAGAAAAAGAACAGUUAUGUUUCUUGUUAUUUACAAAAUUCCAUGAAAUUAUUUUACUUUUAAUGCUCUUGUAACAAAAUUAGAAGAGAGUUGUUUUCUAAGAGGGUAGUGCUUCAGGUGAUACAACAUGAUUUCAGUGCUUUUGCUCCAAAGGCUUCAUCUGAUUGCUUUCAUUGACACACCUGCAGACCCUCACAAAUCAGCCCAGCAUUGCCCUCAAAAUUGCACCUCAGGCUAAUUUUGAAAUGCAGUUAUGCAUCUUCAGUCUUUCCCUUGGCCAUCUUCUGUCUAGACCUGCAGAUUGGUACACACUUUGGACAUGGAACAUUAAAAGUAUUUUUAACUAGUGUUAAAAAUGUUUUCCCUCCAUUUAUAGAUAAGUUCCAAACCGUGUCUCCCAAGUCUGCAAAUCUGGUCAUACUGCAAAGAUAAAGGAACAUUGUCAAUGUUAUUCUUACAAUAACUCCUUUUUAUUUUACUAUGCAAGAGACUGUUACAAACAAACUAUUUUCUUUUUUAUUUCCUUGUUUAAAGAAAUUAGUGACAACACCUGGGCAAAGUAACUUAGGAACACAACAGGAAAAGAAUGACGAUUCCAGAAAUUUCUGCAUUGAAAAAAUGCAGAAAUGUCAUUAAACUAAACUCAGCAUGAUGUAUGACCAAAUGUCAGGUGCAGGCUAGCUAUGCAACUAUGGUAAUUAUAUUUAGCUCUCUAGAAUACGCUCUGAAAAGCUGAUCCUCCACCCAUCUGAGAUCUCUUCCUGAAGGAGAUUCUGCACCUCAGGCACUGAAGCAAUUGUUUCCCCUCUCAGGGCUCACAUUCUUGCCAUCUCCUUUGCACCAGCUCUAUUGCUUGUACAGCUGGAAGAGAAGCUGCUUGUGCUGAGUGUGCAGGGAGAGCUGCAGGUGAGGGGAUGCAAACAACUGCCCUCCUCCCCCUAAUCAGUACCAGUGGUUUAACGAGUACAAAGCCAGAUCACAAAGCAUGGGCAUGGCAGCUUGCACACCUGCUUCUGUAGUUUCUAAUAUUGAUCCCAGUCACCUCUGCUAGGAGCAGUAUAAAAACUCACUUCCUACCAGAGAACCACAAAACUGUUUGGGUUGGAAGAGACCUUAAAGAUCAUCUGGUUCCAACCCCCCUGCCAUAGGCAAAGACACCUUCCACUAGACUGGGUUGCUGAGCCCCAUCCAUCCUGGCCUUGAACACUUCCAGGGAUGACUGCCCUUAAAAUGUGGUGGCUAACACUACCUUUAGGUAUAUUUGUGAAGUUAAGAGAUAAAAGUUUCUUUUUUUGGCAUUGUGCCAGUGAUUCAGAUUUUAUUUUAAAUUACUUCAACAGUGUCUUUUUAAAGUUCCAGCUGGGAACAGCGUGAUUUGGGAUUUGCAGCUGUUGUACAACAGUGAAAUAGUUUUAAGCAGUAUAAUUAAAUUUCAUCAUUGCACCUCUACAGUGCUGAUUCUCCCCAGGAAAGAUCUGGACUCUAACUAAACCAACACUUAGUGAGCAGCAGUGUGAAGUUCUGCACCAGUGUUGUCAAGGCUAUGAGUAUCUGGUUAGUUUUCAGUAGCAAUGUGUGCAAUUGCAGGAAGGGCUGAGAAGAUAGAAGGGUAUUUGAAAAGCUGUAUUUCACUCACCAGUGUUUGUUUUAACAGGUUUGUGUCUGUUAACAAAAUGUUGUUGAUUUUGCAAGUACUUAAGCAGUGUGCUUAAUGAUUGUCUGACUAUAUGUGGCCUUUUUGCUUCAGUAGAUCUCCUUAUUCUCCAAAAGAUUUAAUAUACAUCCAGGUGUUUGCAGAGUUGGAGCCUAAUAUUGCAAAGCCCAUUAUCUUUUGUUAAACAGUAUAUUCAGAUGCUCUUUUUACCAUGGCCAAAAAAGUAUGUAUGGGGGGUGUGUGUUUGAGCAACUGCCACUGUUCUAGUUGAUGUUAUAGCGACCCUUCAGUUAUCUAUGCAUUUUUUAUAAUACCUAGUGAUUCUGUAGACUGGCAGCCAUGUUCACUAUGCCUUGUAUGUCUGAUGCCAUAUUCUAACUUAACCUGUUAAAUACAGCUUAAAAUAUUUUUAUUUUAUUUAUUCUAUUUUUACUGAAAUAUCCUGCAUUAUUAUGUUGAUGUAUUGUCUUUACCGGACGUGCUCUUGUAACAUUCUCCACUCUGUAUACUAUAGGUUGCCUAAAAAAGGCAGGCUUUGUAAUUAUUUGUAGUCACAUUUUUAUUGAAGUCUGUAGAAACGUCAUGUAAAGCAAAGCUAAUUUCUUCAUUUUUUUCAAUGCAAGUACUAAGUUAGAGGUGAGUAUCACGUGUCAGUCAGUCAUGUCAUUAACACACUCCCUUGCAGAAGCAAGGAAAUUUAUUUUCAGUCAAUGACUAAAAGAUAAAAGCCUUUCUUUUGAAA